AGGUGGCAGUUUCAGAGGUUAGACGUUCCCGUGCAAUAUGUCGAAAAUCUGCGAAAUCAAGUUUGAUGACAAUUCUUACGGAGUAUACUUUCCGGGUCAAACCCUAUCCGGAAGCGUGGAACUAAAUUUCGAAGAGGCGAUGAAGGUGAAAGGUGUUGCUUUACAAAUUAAGGGAGAAGCCAAAGUGAGUUGGACCGAGUACCAUAGCAAUGGGCAAAGCCAUUAUCCAGUUUACUUCCAAAAUCGACAAGACUACAUGAACUUCACAGAGAAUCUGGCCGGAUACAAGGAUGGAAACAACAUUGAUCUGCUGCCAGGCAUCCAUACGUAUCGGUUUUCAUAUGUCCUACCACUCAACCUGGAUAGCUCAUUGGAAGCAGAACACGGACACAUCCGGUACACGGUGAAGGUCAUUCUGGAACGCCCCUGGAAGGUUGAUCAUUCCUACAAGGUGGCAUUCACGGUGCUGCGUCAUGUCAACCUGAACGAAAACAACUUUAACGUAUGUCUACCGGUGGAAAUGGAAAAGUCCAAGACUUUCUGCUGUGGACCCUGCAGCUCAGCACCAAUGGUCUUAAAAGCUGAAACACCCAUUUCAGGAUACGUCUCGGGACAAACUAUUGUAGUCAAAAUUGAAGUCGACAACCGAAGCAAGAAAAACCUAGAGGAACUCAUAAUCAAACUACUUUGCGUCAUGACCUACACCAGUAAAAGUCCGUACACAAAAGUGAAAACAGUGUCCGCUACCAUGGCCAAAGUCCGAUGCGCCGGAGUUAAAAAACAGAAAAGAGGAAGCUACGUACAACACCUCUACAUACCAUCGCUUCCUCCGACGAGCAACACCUGCCCGAUAAUAAUGGUUGACUAUUUCGUCGAGGUGGAAGGUAAAAUCGCCAACCCAACCAUCAAUCCUAAAAUACAAAUCCCAAUCACCUUGGGCACGAUCCCGUUGACGCCGAGCGCUAUUCCGACCUUUGAAAAUAUAACAAGCAAAGCUGACCCAAUAAUGGUCCCACCAAUGGCAUCAGCUUCGGACCCACAAGCUCCAAACUUCCUUGCUGACUUACCGCCACCAAGCUACGAGGAGGUCUUCAAUGGCACGGGGAUCAAUAUCCGGGAUGAAAAAGAAAACACCGAAGUUGACUCGAAAGAGUACAUUCCGCGAUACAUGGUGUAUCAAUUCGACGAAAAAGUGGUUCCAGAACCAUUGAAAUCCGGAAAUGUGGUUAGCGCAGCGCAAUUCAUCCUCGGGAGCGUAACAAAGGAUGAAUUUAAAUUUUACCACAUAGUGGCAAAGGUGGAUCAGUCAGUAACUUGCCACAUUGCUGACUUGGUCUCGAAUCCACCUCAGCAGGAGAAAUAUAAGGCGGUAAAGGAUCGCUUGAUUGCCCGAUACGCACUCUCGCCGGAAGCCCGCUUGGAACGGCUCCUCGGGUCUACUGAUCUUGGCGACGUGCGUCCAACGGAUCUAUCGGCUAAAAUGCAGGAAUUGGCCACCGGAUUGAAUACAAAUGACAAUCUCCUCAAAAUGCUAUUCGUUCAACGUAUGCCACCGCACGUUUGA